AUGUCUGCACCUUCCCCCACCCCAUCCCACCGUACUGCACACCCCUUCGUGCAGCCGUUCUCCCCCUCGGCGCACUUCACCAAGGUGUGCUCGCUGGCGGGCCAUCAGGAUUGGAUCCGCGCCCUCGCCUUCUCCCUCCCCAUGCUCGCUACUCCCCCUGCGGCUCCACCGCCACCACCUCCACAGACGGCAGCAGCAGCAGCAGCAGGACCCGCCUCCCGCAGCACCACCCCCCACGUGCUCUUAGCAUCCGCUUCUCAGGACCGCAACGUGCGCGUCUGGAAGCUCACGCUCUCUCCUCCUGCUGGCUCUGCCUCUCACACUGCCAACAGCAGCGCUGCAACUGCUGCUGAUUCCGAUCUUCUCAAGGAGUUUGGGGAGCUGGGCGGAUAUACAGCUGGACCCUGCUUCCAAUCAGGGGGUGACACGUGGCAGGUUAUGCUGGAUGGGCUGCUGGUGGGGCACGAGGAUUGGGUGCAUUCGGUGAUGUGGCACCCUCCCAUUCGCUCUCGUCGUUCUGUCCCGUCCUCCGUUCCUGUUCUCCCUGUUGCCGAGCCUUUCAGCCCCGAGCCUGUUUCUUCCGAACCUGCUGCUUCCAAGCCUCUCCAAGCCACUCUUUUCCAGCCUCUGCGCCUGCUGACGUCAUCGAUGGAUCGCACCAUGCUGAUGUGGCAGCCUGCCUCGUGGCAAGGCGCUGGAGGGCUCUGGCUGGCAGAUGUCAGCCUGGGAGAGGUGGGGCACUCGUCUCUGGGGUUCUUUGGUGGUGUGUGGUCGCCACCUGGCAACGCGGUAUUGGCCCACGGGUUUACUGGGAGUUUGCACAUGUGGCGAGACUAUGGAACAGUGAGAGAGGAGGCAUUAGAGGGGGAGUGUGAUGGUGAUGAGGAUUACAAAUACACAUGGGCGGACGAGAGAGGGGAGGAAAGAGGAGGCAAGGAGAGAGGACGAGGGGAGGAGGAGGGGAGUGAGAGGGAGGAGGAGGGGAGUGAGAGGGAGGAGGAGUGGAGGGCGGUGGUGGCACCGACAGGGCACUUUGGUCCAGUGGUGGACAUGUGCUGGGAUGCUCGCUCGCAGCUGCUGCUGUCCGUCAGUAGCGACCAGGUGAGGGAGAGAGAGGGAUUUGUGGUGUAG